AUGUAUUUACACUAUCCUGUUGCCGUGUUGGUCAUUCUUGUUGUGAGUGAUGUGGGGUGCGAAAGUACAAACAAUAUUGACCAGAGCACUAUCGACACAUGUUUGAAUUCACCUGCAGUGAGACAAAUCGUUACCCGCUACAUCUGCCCAAAACCUGAUCCUUGUGCCACGGUAGACUGUAAUUGUAACGAGAAAUGUAUUGACGGAAAAUGUCAAUGUAAAAAUGGGCUUCAAGGAGAGUUCUGUACAGAAAAAUGUACUUUUAAACGCUCUGAGAAUACAAGGGGUUAUGGUUAUGGAACGUUUAAAGGGGUGAAAAGUUUGGAUGCGUGUGAACAACAAUGUCUAGCAGACAAAUCUUGUGUAGCUGUCUACCAUCUUGCCAUCGUGUGUUAUUUCGCUUUGAAUGAACAGACAGAACCAGGUCGAGGUUACGAACAUUCAUUAAAAACAUGCACCAAUGUAACAUCAACCUAA